CCGGAGGCUGCACACGCCCAUGUACACGCUCCUGAAGCACCUGUCCUUCCUGGAGGAUCAACCACUUCUUCUGCGACCUGCCCCCGCUGAUGCGGCUCUCCUGCUCCAGCGUCUACGUCACCGAGAGGGUCAUCUUCGCGCUGUCCGUCGCCGUGCUGUGCGUGUGCUUCCUCCUCACCCUCGUGUCCUACGUCUCCAUCGUGGCCGCCAUCCUGAGGAUCCCCUCCGCCUCCGGCCGCGCGAAGACCUUCUCCACGUGCGGCUCCCACCUGGCAGUGGUCACCAUCUACUAUGGGACCAUGAUCUCCAUGUACGUGCGCCCCAAUGCCCACCUGUCCCCUGAAACCAACAAGGUCAUUUCCGUCUUCUACACCAUGGUCACCCCGCUGCUGAACCCCAUCAUCUACAGUUUGCGGAACAAAGACUUCAUAGAGGCUGUUAGGACAGUGAUGAGGAGGAAGUGCGGCGUCUGCGGCCCCAGAGCGAAGGGCAGCUUCUCGCUCGGGUGAGAACGGUCACGGGCCACUCGCGCCCGGUGCGGGCAGGGGCCCCGGCACCGCCCUGGGCUGCCCCGCUGGGGGCCGCCCCCUGCCCCUCACUGCCCAGCGCCCUGCAGACCCCGCGGUCCUCACGGUCUGUCCUCCGGAGGCUUCUGGCCCCCGGGGGCUGCGCGCCCCAUGCGCCACGGCCCUGUUCCACGUGGGUCCCUGGGUUCGUGAGGCUUUGUGGGCAGAAAACCAC